UGGGUCCGAAUAUUUGAAGCCACCCAUAUGGGGCCCCGGAAAAAAAUGGGCCCUCUAAGGGGGUCCUCUGAUUGUUUUAUGAGUUUUACUGAAAUUCUUGGUAAGCAAUGUUCAGCUAAGCUUACAAAGUAUGUCAUAAUCUUUAAAAAGUCAUGCCAAAUACCCUCAUAAAGACAUCUUAAAAGAUGGUGAUAUGGUAAUAUGGUAAAAGAUAGUAGGUGGUCGGUUCAUUUAGGUACCUCUAUAAUAGCAGUUUUGAGUAUAUUAUGACAAAACACCAUGUGUCCGUGUUUAUGCUUUAUUUACCAAAGAAAAUGCCUUCCGUUUAGUUAUUGAUUGCCACGAGAAGAGGAUGGUUUAAAGGAUUUAUGAGAAUUGGAUGAUUUUUAGCCUUAUAGAACAUGGAUUUGGGGAUUAAGAGCUCCUGGGAGUCCAUUUUGAGGAGUCAAUCCCCACAAUGCUGAAGUAUUCUUUUGUACUAUGGUUUUAAACAAGACGCGAGUUGACACAAGCCUCAAUUACACAAUGCCGGAGUUCAGAGAAAUCAUGUUAUUUCUCUUCAUACUGGAAAUCACCAGAGUAGUAUCCACACAAAACUCAACUGGGAGCCUUCCAUAUAUUUCAACCAAGAUCCAAGUCAGCAACACCAAUCUUCCAAAUUUCACGGAAGUUCGGAUCGGGGUCAUUAUAGAUGAAACAACUCGGUUAGAUUUCAGCACUGCCUUGCAAAUCUUUCAUAGUAAAAUACGAAAUGAUAAAAGUCUUUCGCCAAGGAUUUUAAACACGACAAUAACUCGCAAUACGCCGUAUGUAACACUGAAGAGUAUUUGUGAAUCAUUUACAAAGGAGAAUUCCCCCCAUGGAAUGGUAUUUAUUUGUCGAGGACCAUGUGCGGGAGUUACAAGCUAUACCAAGUUGGGGAGGAACAUCGGUUGGGUCGGAGCCCGUGUUAACAGACCAGAACAGCAAAGAGCGCAAUGCGAACAUACGGAUAAACCAACCCAAUUCCUGGACCUUACACCACAAACUCAUUAUCAGAACACGGCUCUGAUUCAGCUACUGGCGAAAUUCCAGUGGAAAACCAUUUGCCUUAUUCACGACAAAAAUCAUCGCUCCCUACACAUGGUCGAUGACCUCACCAGGAGAAUGGACCACCAUGGGUUCGUAAUCAUAUCGAGGAUUGCAAUCACUGAUGAUAAUGAUAACCAUCGUAAUGCUAGUGAUUAUGAUGAUGAUGACAAGCUUUUGCAUAAGUUAAAGAGCAUUUGGCAGACCGCCAGAGUCUUCGUCUUGUAUUGCACAGAAGCCAAGGCAAGAGUUGUGCUUGAGCACGCGAGCAGGCUGCGGUUGACUGAUAAAGAGCAUGCAUGGAUUAUGGGAGAGAUGGUAUUUGACGGUCAAGCGGUUGACAUACCAGAGAGUUUCCCCAUCGGGCUCCUUGGUAUUAAGUACCACCAGCAAGCGGAAUCAAGAACGAAUGACAUCGUUGACGCCCUGACACUAAUGACUUAUGGAAUAGGUCACGUGCUUAAGGAGUCAUCCAAUCCUAGCGUACCGGAAGUGAACUGUGAAACGGAAUCUCAUGGGAUUGGUGGGUUCAGUGAGCGGCUUUACAGUGCUUUGAAACAAGUGAAAUUCGAGGGUCUCACAGGUGGUGUCUCUUUCACAAACUCCGGCGAGCGAACUGGAGCACGCUACACAUUCCUAAAUCUUCGACAAAUCAAUGGGAGACGAUACUGGGAAAACGUUGGUCACGUGGAAAGUGGUCACGUGACUUUACAACAGAUCAUAUGGCCUGGUGGUGUGGUACAUACGCCCAGCGGCCUUCCGCGAACACGCCUGCGCAUUGUGAUGUACGAAGUGGCUCCUUUGUUGUACGUGAGGGACUUGGACCCAAUCUACUCAGAGUGUCCUCAAGGCCUGCAGUGUACACUUGUGUCCGUGGCACUUGAAGAAAGAAAAACCAAAUGUUGUUACGGUUUGUGCAUCGAUCUCAUCAAACUGUUGAGCCGAGAUAUUGGGUUUAUCCCGGUUAUAGAGACAAUACAAGGCGGACGAGCGGGCUCUUUUAAAAACGGGAAAUGGACAGGUCUCAUUGGAGAGGUAGUAGCAGGUAAUGCCGACAUGGCGAUGUCUUCAAUAAGUAUCACUUCCCAGCGAAGCAAGUUUGUCGAUUUUUCGGAACCUUUUAUUCACACGGGGUCUACGAUUUUGGUUGCCAAGCGACAUGGCAGCUUCAAGGGAGAUGGAUUUCUUAAACCAUUUAAGGUGAGCGCGUGGUUACUAAUAUUCGCCGUACUCUACCUGGUGGCUGUGGUCGUCUUUCUCUUCGAGUCACACAACCCUGGGCUACAGCGCCAAAAACACCGCAAUUACCGCGGCGAGUUCGACAUCCACCAGUCUGUCUGGCUCAUGUUUUCGCGAUUUUUCAGCGGUAUUCUUAACGCCCCUAUCCCGAGGUUCGUUAGUAGUAGGGUGGUUCUCAGCUCCUGGUCAUUUGCGACCCUCAUGAUUGGUGCCCUCUAUACAGCGAACCUCGCGGCAUUCAUGGUCCUCCAGGACCAAGCCCACUAUAUUGAUGGGAUCAAUGAUUCAAGGAUCCAGAACCCUUUAGCUUCCGUGCUGAAAUUUACCACGAUCCGAGACACUAGUGUGGAGAAGUACUUUAAGAUCAACUUUCCACACGUAUACUCCUUCAUGAGAAACUACCGAUUCAACCACUCCUCGGAGGGAGUGAGAGCAGUCAAAGAGGGAGUGAUUGAUGCGUUUAUCUGGGAAUCUGCUACAAUGGAAAGGUAUGUUGCAAAUGAUACGCGCUGCAGUCUUCUGACGGUUGGCAAGCUUUUCGAUACAAGUGGUUUCGCUGCGGCAUUUCCCAAGGGUUCACCCUGGACCCGAAACAUUUCAGAUUUUAUUCUGAAAUAUCAACAGACAGAUGUUCAAGGUGAACUGCGAGACAAAUGGCAAAAAGGUUCCUGUCCUCAAAGUACUCAGGGUUUUCGUGAGGAGACGUCUAUGGGAUCACUUGCGCCCGCGAACAUCGCUGGUGUGUUUUACAUGCUUGGCACAGGCGUCAUUUUAUCACUGCUUGUGCUAGCAGGGGAGACACUCUACUUUGUCGUCUCCAGAAAAAGAGCGAUGGGGCGUGAACCUGAUCAGGCAUCGGGAAGCUUCAAGGGGAAGAGUGACGAGUUCGACACAUUGGUGAAACGAAACGCAGCCUUCGAUCACAGUGUAAUCGAGAAAACACAGAAGUCGACGAUGACAACGCUAGAACGUGAACUACAAAAAUUGCUAACAGAACUGCAAGACCUGCGAAAUGGAACUAAUCGUCCAAUAACAAACAAGCAAUCGAGCACAUGUUAUAUGAGCACCAACUUAUGUGGAUCGACAGCUGACCAGGACACAGCAGACCUCGUCGCCAGUCUCACUCUAAACGAAGCAGGAAAGCUUAUUGGCUCUCUCAAGGAGCGUCGGUCAUGCGCACACCAGCCCGAGGAGGAUCCGUUGGAGGUUUUAGAUUGUUUUGAACGAGAGACGUCAAUUUAGCUCGAAAUGAUUAUAUGAUUUGAAGAUAUUCAAUUAAAUCACUAUGCUAUACGCA